GCCGGGCGGCUACGUCGGGAAUCGGCGUAGGCGGCUUUGGAGAAUCGGCGGGCUGCACCGCGCCGGGGCUGGUCGCCGGGGGGAGGGGAUGUCGGUCAGUGCGAGAUCCGCUGCUGCUGAGGAGAGGAGCGUCAACAGCAGCACCAUGUCAGACCUGUGGCUGUCUAACCCUGAACUGUUCAGUAUGGUAGUUACGCGCAUAUAUGGCAGUAGCUCAACAGAAGAACCUUGAAGGCUAUGUGGGAUUUGCCAAUCUCCCAAAUCAAGUAUACAGAAAAUCAGUGAAGAGGGGGUUUGAAUUCACGCUUAUGGUAGUAGGUGAACCUGGAUUGGGAAAGUCGACGUUAAUCAACUCAUUAUUCCUCACAGAUUUGUAUUCUCCAGAGUAUCCUGGUCCUUCCCAUAGAAUUAAAAAGACUGUACAGGUGGAACAGUCCAAAGUUUUAAUCAAAGAAGGUGGUGUUCAGUUGCUGCUCACAAUAGUUGAUACCCCAGGAUUUGGAGAUGCCGUGGAUAAUAGUAAUUGCUGGCAGCCUGUUAUCGACUACAUCGAUAGUAAAUUUGAGGACUGCCUAAAUGCAGAAUCUCGAGUAAACAGACGUCAGAUGCCUGAUAGCAGGGUGCAGUGUUGUUUAUACUUCAUAGCUCCUUCUGGACAUGGACUUAAACCAUUGGAUAUUGAGUUUAUGAAGCGUUUGCAUGAAAAAGUGAAUAUCAUUCCACUUAUUGCCAAAGCAGACACGCUCACAGCAGAGGAAUGCCAACAGUUUAAAAAACAGAUAAUGAAAGAAAUCCAGGAACAUAAAAUUAAAAUAUAUGAAUUUCCAGAAACAGAUGAUGAAGAAGAAAAUAAGCUUGUUAAAAAGAUAAAGGACCGUUUACCUCUUGCAGUGGUAGGUAGUAAUACUAUCAUUGAAGUUAAUGGCAGAAGGGUCAGAGGACGGCAGUAUCCUUGGGGUAUUGCUGAAGUUGAAAAUGGUGAACAUUGUGAUUUCACAAUUCUAAAAAAUAUGUUGAUAAGAACACAUAUGCAGGAUUUGAAAGAUGUUACUAAUAAUGUACACUAUGAGAACUGCAGAAGCAGAAAACUGGCAGCUGUGACUUAUAAUGGAGUUGAUAAAACAAGACUUACCAAGAGCCCUCUGGCACAAAUGGAAGAAGAAAGAAGGGAACAUGUAGCUAAGAUGAAGAAAAUGGAAAUGGAGAUGGAGCAGGUGUUUGACAUGAAGGUCAAAGAAAAAGUUCAGAAACUGAAGGACUCUGAAGCUGAGCUCCAGCGGCGCCAUGAGCAAAUGAAAAAGAAUUUGGAAGCACAGCACAAAGAAUUAGAGGAAAAAACGUCGUCAGUUUGAGGAUGAGAAAGCAAACUGGGAAGCUCAGCAACGUAUUUUAGAACAACAGAACUCUUCAAGAACCUUGGAAAAGAACAAGAAGAAAGGGAAGAUCUUUUAAACUCUCUAUUGACCACCAGUUAACAUAUUAGUUGCCAAUAUGCCAGCUUGGACAUCAGUGUUUGUUGGAUCCGUUUGACCAAUUUGCACCAGUUUUAUCCAUAAUGAUGGAUUUAACAGCGUGACAAAAAUUAUUUUUUUGUUGUUGUUCUUGAUGGAGAUUAAGAUGCCUUGAAUUGUCUAGGGUGUUGUGUACUUAGAAAGUAACAGCUCUAAGUACCUUUCCUACAUAUUCUUUUCCUUUUUUUAUUAAACAGAUAUCUUCAAUUUAAUGCAAGAGAACAUUUUACUGUUGUACAAUCAUGUUCUGGUGGUUUGAUUGUUUACAGGAUAUUCCAAAAUAAAAGGACUCUGGAAGGUUUUCGUUGAGGAUAAAUUGCCAUAAUAUGAUGCAAACUAUGCUUCUCUAUGAUAAUUAUAAUACAAAGGUUCCAUUCAGUGCAGCAUAUACAAUAAUGUAAUUUAGUCUAACACAGUUGACCCUAUUUUUGACACUUCCAUUGUUUAAAAAUACACAUGGAAAAAAAACCCUAUAUGCUUACAGUGCACCUAGAGCUUUUUUAUAACAACCAUUUUUUGUUUGUUUGUUUGUUGUUUGUUUGUUUUUGGAUACUUUAAAUAUAUAUUAUUCUCAUUUAGUGCCCUCUUUAGCCAGAAUCUCAUUACUGCUUCAUUUUUUUGUAAUAACAUUUAAUUUAGAUAUUUUCCAUAUAUUGGCCCUGCUAAAAUAGAAUAUAGCAUCUUUCAUAUGGUAGGAACCAACAAGGAAACUUUUCUUUAACUCCCU